UUCCACCUCCGCCCCGUCUCAGUCAGCUGACCACUGAUUAAACAAGUGACGAAACACAAGGCUGCUGGUUCGGUAUUUGGGGGAAUGUGUUGACACAUUAUUUGAUAGUAUAUAGUAGUUUAAGAGAGAGAGAUAUUGUUCAUGUCUUUCGAUGGAUCCGGCCACCUCCACAGCGACUCUUCAAGACGACUCUGAGCCGAGUUCGAUAUGGGGCUGGUGGCCGUCGUGGCGCCCAACCUCCGCGGCUAUCCUGAAGAGCGCAGAGGCCAAGAUCCUCACCCGUGUUCAAAACGACAUGUGGGCGAGGUAUGUGACUCUUCCCAACCAGGAGCGAAUAUGGACCCUCACUGUGACCAACAAAUCGGCUCCCAAACCCAAACAGCAAGCCCCCACUAAGACCCCCCUGGUGAUGGUCCAUGGGUUUGGCGCGGGGGUGGGCCUGUGGGUAAAGAACCUGGACCGGCUGAGUCAUUCGCGGCCCCUCCAUGCCUUCGACCUGCUGGGCUUCGGCCGCAGCACCCGGCCGGCCUUCCCCAGCGACGCGACGCAGGCCGAGGACAUCUUCGUCAGCUCCAUAGAGCAGUGGAGGCAGAGCCUGGGCCUGGACGACAUGAUCCUGCUGGGCCACAGCCUGGGGGGGUACCUGGCCACGUCCUACGCCAUCCGCUAUCCAGCCAGGGUGAAGCACCUGAUCCUUGUCGACCCAUGGGGCUUCCCCGACCGGAACCAGCCUGUGGCGGCUGAGGCCGAGGGGACGCAGGUGGUGAAGAGGCCCACCCUGCCGCUCUGGGUCAAGGCGGUGGUGUCCGUGCUGGGCUUCUUCAACCCCCUGGCGGUCAUACGGGCAGCGGGCCCCUGGGGGCCGGGGCUGGUGACCAGGUUCCGGCAGGACUUCAAGAUUAAGUUUGAGGAUCUGUUUGACGACGACACCAUGACCAACUACAUCUACCACUGCAACGCACAGACGCCCAGCGGCGAGACGGGGUACUGGGCCAUGAUGGAGUCCCUGGCCUGGGCCAAGAGGCCCAUGCUGCAGCGGGUGGACCAGCUGCCGGCCUCCCUGCCCGUCAGCAUGCUGUACGGGGACCGCUCCUGGAUGACCAGCUCCUCAGGCCUCGAGGCCGCCCGCAUCAGGGGCCAGGCCUACACCCGGGUGGAGCUAAUCAAGGAUGCCUCUCACCAUGUCAACAACGACCAGCCAGAGAUCUUCAAUAAUAUGGUUGAAGAAAUAUGCAACUCUGUCGACUGAGCGUCUGUGUUUGCCUACUGGGUGGGCCAGAAACAUAAGCUCUGCGUACAUAAAGUGCACGAUUGGGUAAGACCUGGUCACAUACUAGUGCAUACUGGCACUAGAUUUCAGCUCUAUAGAAGUUUAUGAACUGCAUUCACUUUUGUUUUUGUUAUCAACUGUAUCUGUGGAUAUACAAAAUAUUGUACUGUUUCUGCUAAAUGCCUUUUAUUUAUGAUGAAUAAGUCUGUGUCUGUAUGUUCCGUGAUGUGACUUUAUUGUAAACGGGUAGAAGUGUUUUGCCUUUUUCUGAGAUAUUUGAAUACAAAUGCCAAUGUUUAUUUUUAAUAUACUAAACUCAGUCUGAAGCAGAAGUUCUAGACUUCCAUGGCCUCCAUUUCACAUAUACCUCUGCACACUUGCUGUUUUUGUGCAUUGUAUUUUAUAUUGUGACAUCUUCUUUUUAAUCAAUAAUAAAAUUAUGUGAUUUACUCUUU